AUGGCCUCGCCUUCAUCUGAGUCCACGCCCGCGACGGUUUCUGUUACGCCGCCGGGUGUUUCCCCGAUCGGGAGCACGGCCCCUCCGCCUGCUCCGAUCGUGAGCGCGGCCUCGCUGUUUCCGGCUUCGCCGGUGAAUUCCGCCGGCGCCCUGCAGCUUCCGGCUGCGUCUUCAGGUGCCGACAGCGCCCCGCAGCUUCCGGCUGCGUCUCCAGGUGCUGCCAUGGCCGGCGCCCCGUCUACUGCAGAGUCCACCAUCACCAACGCGACAGCACCGCUGCCGGUGAUCCCGCCUUCGAUCUACACCAACGCUGCACUCCUCGCCGCCUCUCUUGGUCACGGAUCCGGGCAGGGACACGGGGUGAACUUCCCUGGCUACCCUGGGUACUACCCUGGCUACCCUGGGUAUGCAAUGAUGGCGCCAGGUAGCUAUGCGCCAGGUGGCUAUGCGCUUCCGCCCAUGGCGCCGGGCAGCUAUGCGCCCCCGCCCGUGGCAUCACCCUCGCUAGGGUUUGGCUCACCGGCGCCAACAACGGCGCUAGCUCUGCCCUAUGGCUCUACUCCACCACCGCCACCGGGCCCUGCUGCACCAUCCAUGCCAGUGCCGCCGAUGCAUCACCAGCCGUUCCCAGCACACGGUCUGCCACCGGUGGUCACCAUUGCCUCGUCCAUCACCAUCAGACUGACGAGCGAAAAUUAUUUGUUCUGGCGUGCACAAGUCGGUCCUCUUCUUCGCAGCCACAUGCUCAUGGGAUAUGUUGAUGGCUCUCUUCCGUGUCCUAGUCCUCAUGUUGAUGUUUCUCAUGCCGGUGCCAUGCAUCAUGCACCUAACCCGGCUCAUCAACAUUGGACUCAGCAGGACCAGGCUAUUCUCUCUGGGUUCGUCUCCUCGAUGACUGAAGGCGUCCUAGGCAUGAUCAUGUUCUCGGGUACCUCUCGCGAGGCUUGGGAGACCCUUAGUGGAGCUUUUGCCUCCACCUCCAUUGCUCGGUCCUCUGCUAUUCGACAGGAGAUGGCUGAACUGAAGAAAGGGAACAAGACCGUCAAUACUUAUUUCCAUCAGAUGAAGGCCCUCUCAGAUUCCCUCACCAGCAUUGGCGAGCCCUUGCGUGAUGCGGAGUUUGUCUCAUACAUACUUGCUGGACUUGAUGAGGAGUAUGAUGCCCUGUAUCAAGUGGUUACGAAUCGUACCACUCCUAUACAAAUUCGUGACUUGUUCUCGCAACUUCAGGCUACAGAACAACGCAAACUGGCUCAGCGUCGCUCGAGUAGCUCCUCGCAUUUUCCUGCUGCACAUAUUGCUGCACCUCCUGCAGCCUAUGGGGCCGGCCGUGGUGGACCCCGUCCCCCAACACCAUCCGCCAAGACCGCACCUACAGCCACGCCCAAGCAGAAUGGUGGGCGUACUCCUGUUGUCUGUCAGCUGUGUGAUACUCCGCGCCAUGUGGCAUCUCGGUGUUACAAGAGGUUCAACCGUGAUUUUCUUGGCCUUGGCAAUGAUGGGAGCGUUACAGAGAAGCAACUUGCUAUGGCGAUGUCUGCCUCUCAUGGCUCUCAGGGUGCUUCACAGUCCGUAGACCCGGCGUGGUAUGCGGACUCCGGUGCCACUCACCACAUUACUAGCGAGCUUGACAAGCUCACUUCGCGCGAGCCCUACCACGGCACUGAUCAGGUCCAUACAGCUAAUGGCACAGGUAUCGGACGCGGGAGUCGGCUCGACGUUUUUACUCCAUCGGACGCUUACGUCGAUCAUGGUCUGCAUGGGAGUGCCCCUGGCUGCGUGCAGCCAUGCACAGCUCCUGCCACUGAGCUAGGCUCUGCCUUGGGCUCUGUGCAAGCCGAGCCGGGAGAUAUCACGUCUGGCUGUUGCCCCGCCUCGGGCUCCGCGCCCACGCCCAGCUUCAGCUCCGCGCCCACGCCCAGCUCCAGCUCGGUCUCCCGCCCAGCUCCACGUGAGCAGCAUGGCUUGCUGCAUGCUGGCUCGCUGCAUGCCCAGGAGCAGCUGCUAUCGCAUGACGAGCAGCACAUGCAUGUGUCUGCUCCAUUCACUGGCCCACUGCAUGGCUCCACAGAUACAGCACCAGCAGGAGUGGUCACGGAAUCUGCACCUGACAUGGAUCCUUCAUUCUACUUGCUCCACAGAUACAGCAACGCCAGUGGUCACAUCACCGCCUCCUGCCCCGCCCGCUGGACCUAUGACACGUCGGCGACACGCUCAUGCGGCACUGAAGCACACUCUUGA